AUGUGGUCCCAGGAAACCAACUACACGAAAGUCAAUGUGGUUACAGAGAGAACUAACCUCACUGAAGUUCUAUGUGGUCCCAGAGGAACCAACCUACACGAAAGUCAAUGUGGUUACAGAGGAAUCAACUCACUGAAGUUCUAUGGUCCCAGAGGAACCAACCUACACGAAAACAAUGGUUACAGACUAACCUCACUGAAGUUCUAUGUGAUUCCCCAGAGGAACCAACCUACACGAAAGUCAAUGUGGUUACAGGAGGAACUAACUUCACUGAAGUUCUAUGUGGUCCCAGAUGAACCAACCUACACGAAAGUCAAUGUGGUUUCAGAGGAACUAACCUCACUGAAGUUCUAUGUGUCCCAGAGGAACCAACCUACACGAAAGUCAAUGGUUACAGAGGAACUAACCUCACUGAGGUUCUAUGUGGUCCCAGAGGAACCAACCUACACGAAAGUCAAUGUGGUUACAGAGGAACUAACCUCACUGAAGUUCUAUGUGGUCCCAGAGGAAACCAACCUACACGAAAGUCCAAUAGGAACCAACCUCACUGAAAGUUCUAUGUGGUCAGAGGAACCAACCUACACUGAAAGGUGGUCCCAGGAAAUAAAUUUGCCACGGAAAGUAACCUCACUGAAGUUCUGCCCCUUGUGGUCCCAGAGGAAAACUAACCUACAUCGAAAAAUCAAUGUGGUUUAA